AUGGUGAAUGGUCUCAUCCUAGGUAUUUACGACAAUCAUUUUCCCCUGGACAGCUUACCUGAGGAGCCAGCUGGCUGUGGGGCUCAGAUUUUCCUCUCCUUGACAAUGGGUGGAGCAGAGUGCCUCCUCCUGGCAGUCAUGGCUUAUGACAGGUACGUAGCGAUCUGCAACCCCUUGCAAUACCCUCUCCUCCUGAGCAAGAGAGUCUGCCUGGGUCUGACAGGCGGGGUCUGGAUCGGGACAUGUGUAGAUGCCUUGAUUCUUACAGCUUCUACCAUGCACUUGCCCUACUGCGGCUCUAAAAAAAUUAACCACUUUUUCUGUGAGGUCCCAGCCCUGCUCAAAUUGUCCUGCUCUGACACGUCCCAAUAUGAGACUCUGCUGUUUGUGUGUAGCAUCGUUAUGUUCCUUAUCCCUUCUUCCACCAUCCUAGCCUCUUAUGCUCGCAUCCUUGCUGCAGUCCUAAGGAUGAAUUCAACCAGACAGCAGAAAGCCCUGGCCACCUGCUCCUCUCAUCUGACUGUGGUGGGCAUGUUCUAUGGGACAGCCAUCUUCAUGUACAUGAGACCCAGCUCCUACCACUCCCCAGAAAAAGACAAGAUUUUGUCUCUGUUUUACACCAUUGUUCCCCCAGUGCUGAAUCCUCUCAUCUACAGCCUGAGAAACAGGGAUGUCUUACGAGCCCUAAGAAAGCUGUUUGGGAAAUGCAGAGUCUUCCAGCAAAAUUGA